AUGAAUGCUGGUCCGAAGCGCCGGCCUCACUUCGCAAUCCGCAAGGGCGAUGUCUACAAAGCAUGCUUGAAAUGCAGCGUCAUCAACCUCGCGCACCACUACCACGAGUGUCCCAAGAACGGCCGUAGGAGACGGCCAGGAAAGAUGACGGGUCCAGGUUUUGCACAGCAGCAGACUCUUCUCCGCGGGUUGUUGCAGAGGUGCGGUGGUAAGACCAUGAAAAUAACAUCCGUCGGUGCCGGGGAGACGGUGUUGGGCUAUGCUGCUGCAGACCUCUUACAGCAGAUCCAGGCAGAAAGGGUCGAGGAGGACGAGGAAGAGAAGGCAGGCAUGCCACCCGCGAUCCAGGCGGAGGAGAGACGUCGACAACUUGCGGCAAAAGAUCAGCAGCUGGAGGAACUGCAGCAGGAAUUACAAGCACAAGCAAGCGAGGAGUCCCGGUUGCGCCAUGACAAGGAGAAGGAAGCGCAGGAGCAUCGCCGACAACUUGCAGAGAGAGAUAAGCAGAUGGAGGCGCUGCAGCGAGCGCAUGCUAUGGAGGUUCAGGAUCUGCAGAAGGGCUUCCGGCAAUGGCGGCACAACAGAGAAUCUGAGCAGGACUUGCAGCAAGCGCUGCUCCAAAGCAUGAACGAGGAUUUGCAGAAGCAGGUACAUGAUCUAAACUUGCGGGUCCAGGCAAUUACAAAAACUUGCCUGAUCUGCUGUGACGCAGACCCAGUCAUGGCCUUUUUGCCGUGUGGCUGCGUCAGCCUCCGUAAGUCGUGCUGGGAGAAGGGAUCCAUUAAACAGGCAGGGUCUCUGAAAUGCCUGUCAUGCAGGCGCGACGUGGGCUUUGUAGUGCAGGUUAAAAUUCGUGGCUAUGGUGGCUGA